AUGGGAGCAGACGCAUCGAAAAGAUCGAAUCUCAAAGAUAACAGAAAUCAUAAAUACAUCGACACAAAAGUGAUCCUUCUCUUCUUCAGUACGAUAGGUCUCGCUCCUUUCAAAAUGGUGGCAAAUGAUUUAGUGGGAACUGAUAAACGCACUUGCCAGACUCCAGUGUCCGUGAAGUUCGUCGACUCUUAUUUUAAUUUGAUCUACAACGCUUUUCUCAUCGUAGCAAAUAUUUUUCUAAGUACCAUAAGCAUCGAACGCAUUUUUGAGAGGCAAUCUGUACUCAGGACACCUUUUCUAUCUACUUUCGACGCGGCUCAAGCAGUUUUCGGUGUAGCAUUGAUGAACGCAAUCUGGUUAUACACGUCGAUGAAACGCAAUCACAUGGUCCGACUGAUCAAUCGUUUGGUAAAAGUCGAUUCCACCAUUCGUCGUCUGUCUAAUUCACAAGACAUCGGCAUACGCCGGUUACGCGUGUUCGGCAUUUCUACUGCACUGACGAUCCUUUGGGUCGUUCUCGUUGUAUCCGAUGCCAAGGCCAAUAAUACCGUGAUACUUGAUUGGUGCAAUGACAUUGUGCCAGCUUUUGUUAUAGCUCAUUUCAUGCUGCAGUACGCUCUGAUGGUUAAAAUCGUUGAAAUUCAAUUCAGAAACCUCAACGGCGCCAUCAUCGAAUUACUAAAGUCUUCAACGAUCAGGACCUUUCGUCCGAUCGCUAUUCACGGUGAAAUAGCUCUGAUGAAUUUCGAUUAUUGCCCGAAAAUAGUUGACUUCAGACGUGCUCACAAUAUGCUCUACGCGAUCGGAUCGGACGUUGCUGAAUUCUAUUCUGUACCGAUAUUGUUCGUCAUACCUCUGUGUUGCGUCGAGAUUGUCUACAACUCUUACUGGGGUUUGAUGCCAUUGACGCUCAGCCUGGAUAUCGACUCUACGUUCGUCGUGAGCAGUGCGAUAACUUGGGUUUUAGUACUCAUAGUACCGAUUGCUAUUCUCACAAAGGGCGUCGAUAACAUCACUAAUGAGAUGAGGAAUACAGCAGGUGCUAUUUACAUGGUGCUCGAUCGAGCGAAUUUAAGUCGAGACGACAAAGCCGAGUUUGAACAAUUCUCCGUCGAGUUGAUACACCGGAAAAUUUACUUCACGGCGUACGGACUCUUUUCGUUAGACUUUCCCCUCGUACACUCGAUAAUCAGCAUGACAGUCACGUAUCUCGUCAUCCUCUUGCAGUUUCAAACAUCCAUAGUGGAGUCUAAAGAUUCUGAUUGAAAUUGCAUUUAAAUAAAAAGUUCAAGAUAGGGUGGAUCUUUUCAUAUUCUAGUUACAUGAAGAUAUUGCACAACUUUUAUUCGGAUUAUCAA